AUGUGGGAACUCGCUCUCGAGCUGAGAGUCCGAAAGUAUUCUGAGGCCUUGCAGCCUCUUCGGACUUCAUAUCAGCAUCUAGAGCAGGGACUUGGGGCAGAUAAUGAUACAACUAAGAUGGUCAAACCUGACCUCGAAAUUUCAGAGAAGGGUGUGUUCGCAAUAUGGGUGCACCUGUCAGACUUUGCAGGCAUGAACUCGGUCUGUGCUUACGUCGCAAAGCAAGCAAUUGUCGUCUCACAUAUUCCAAGUCACUACCAUGAGCAGAUUAAUGACGGGCAAAUGAUCCACCGCCAGCGACAGUAUACGAUAUCGUUCGGCGUCUACUUUGGCCGCUCUUGCUCACUUUCUAGACGCUUGACUACAUCGUCCGUUGCUCAGAAACAUCAGAAGAAAGCAUCAUCUCAUUCAUUCCCCGGUGAUUCCCAAACUGUCAAUCAUCUCUCUCAACACCGCCUCCGCAUCCCUCCUCAUCCCCUCCCUAAAAGCCUCAAUCUCCCUGAACCCCUUCUCCGCCUCCUCUUUAACCUUGCACCCAAACCCAGCGAAAAACUCCCUAUCGAUUCUGGAAUACCGAUUCUCAUACAAGACAUCAAACUCCGCAUCCGCCUCUCCAGCUUGCACCCCCUCCCACACCCUCCACACGACAUGCACCUCAAUCAGUCCCCGGAGCGCCAUCAUAUACAACACCUUCACCACAAAGAUCUGCGGCUGCGUCGCGUCCACGGCAUAGAAGCACUCGUUCUCAAAGGUCUGAAGGUCCUUGCCCUGGAUCGUCCCGAGGACUUGCACGGCACUGAAAUACAAGGAUUCGUGGUCGUGGGCCUCGAAGUCCUUUUUUAUCUCCAUUCGGUGGUGGUACGGGAUGUUCGACUCAGCCGGGCCGCCGAAGGAACUGUACCAUGUGCACGAGGCAGGCCUGGGUGGGUGCGGGCGCAGGAUUAG